ACACACGCUGGUACCAAAUCAAAAAAAACAAGUUAGCAAUUUGAUUUUGCCCAAAUACAAUCAGAGAGAAGGCUGCAUGAUGCCUUCAGUGUCCGCUCUGAUUUCAUGCCUCAUUCAGCCACACCUGUACCCAUCCCUGCAGUGUACCUACCCGUUUGUAGUAAAGACCAGUCACGUUGGAGCGGGCUUUGGUUGAUUUUCUGCUGUUUUAGACGUGUGUGUGUGUGUGUGUGUGUGUGUGUGUGUGUGUGUGUGUGUGUGUGUGUGCUUUGUACAUACUGUACCCUGUGCAUGGUCAAGACUCAUGAAACAGAGGUAUGCUAUAUCCAUAUCAGUUAGCCCUGACUGAGAGGAAUUAACAGCACAGUGAGAUGUAAAGAUGCUUUGCAGCAUGUGAUCUGACGGACCAAUAAACUGUUUCUAAGUAAUGAAGCUUUAGUAAAGCACGAGGAGCGGUCUAAUCCUCCUCUUCAAGUUACUUUUGCUAAUUGUUAAGUGAAUCUUUAAAGACCUUUGUUUAGAGGAUAGUACAAGAAUGCAUGCGUUUUAUAACCUCAUGCUUGUUUGGCUUCGUUAUGCACCGUUUCUGCCUUUUUCAGUUCCAAUAGCGAUGCCUGAGCUUUGGGUACCGAUCAGAUACCUGUGUUUAAUAAGCUGUGUGUUUGAAAAGAGACUGGGGACAUCGGGCUUUAAACAUUGCUUUACUAACUUUGCAAUGUAACAAAUAAACACGUAAAUAUACAUUUACUGAAUUGUUAAAUUAACAGAAAUCACAAUUCAAGUGUAAACCCUUUUAUUGCAGCAACAAAUUGGUCAAAACGUAAACAGGAAUUCAAAUUCCAGCAUAUAAUGUCUAUAGUAUAUAAACAUAGAAUUGGACUGAAUAGAUAGGCCCCACUGUCGCAGAUAUCCGAUCCAGCUGUUUUGAGUAUCGGCCUGAUAUCUGAUAUUGGUGCAUGUCUGGUUUUGCUGCUGUGUUUUCUUUAUAAUCGGUGUGCUUCGUGCUUAUUUUCUCUAUCAACCUGCCUCAAAGAAAAUCAGUUUCCCCUCUCUCUCUCUCUCCCGGCAUAGAAAAACUCCUAUUGGGAUGAGAAAGAAUAUGAUUCACCAGGAGCAGCAGAACAGUGGCCUGACCUCCAGACUGACGACGCUACAAGAAGACGUCGGCAAAUCCCCCGCGAGGAAGAGAUCUGCCAGUGUGACCAACCUGUCGCUGGACCGCCCUGGGUCCUCCAUGGUGCCGUCCUACGACAGCUCAGUCAGCCCACCAACCAGCCGAGCCAUGUCGGGCACCAAGAGUGGCAGCAAGCUGGAUCACAGCGAGGAGGAGAGGAAGAUCCUACUGGACUCCUCGCAGCUGAAGGACUUGUGGAAGAAGAUCUGCCACAACAGCACAGGGAUGGAGUUCCAGGACCACAGAUAUUGGCUGAGGACCUACCCCAACUGCAUUGUGGGAAAAGAGCUUGUCAACUGGCUGCUGAGGAAUGGCACCAUCUCCACCAGGGCCCAGGCUAUCGCCAUAGGCCAGGCGUUAGUGGACGGUCGCUGGCUGGACUGUGUCACUCACCACGACCAGCUGUUCAGGGACGAGUAUGCUCUCUACCGCCCCCUCCAGAGUACAGAGUUCUCCGAGACGCCGUCUCCAGACAGCGACAGCGUGAACUCCGUGGAGGGACAUUCAGAGCCGUCCUGGUUCAAGGACAUCAAGUUUGAUGACAGCGACACAGAGCAGCUCGCAGAUGAGACCGAGUACGCCAUGCCGAACUCUGCCAGCCCCAGCAAGAGAACAUCUGUCAGCAGUUUCCAGUCGGCGGUGGACAGCGACUCAGCGGCCUCCAUCAACCUCAACAUGGAGCAAAACAACGUCAACUUCCACAUCAAGAAACAGUCCAAGUAUCCACAUGUGCCCUCUGCAGCUGAGCAGAAAGCUGAAUUCCUUCUGUCUGAGGAUGGAGGACAGAAUAUCGUCAUAAGUGAUGCCUUCAUCAAGGAGUCUCUGUUCAACCGUCGCGUGGAGGAGAAGGCUAAAGAAAUGCUGUUUACUCCGCUGGGUUGGCACCACAGCUCUCUGGAUCAGCUCCGAGAGGAGAACGGAGAGAAGAAGGCCAUGGAGAGGCUGCUCUCUGCCAACCACAGCCACAUGAUGGCGCUGCUGCAGCAGCUGCUCUACAGCGAGUCUCUGUCUCUGUCCUGGCGGGACAUCAUCGUCCCCGUGGUCCGACAGGUGGUCCAGACGGUGCGGCCCGACGUUCGCAACUGUGAUGACGACAUGGACAUCCGCCAGCUGGUCCACAUCAAGAAGAUCUCUGGAGGCAGGAAGUUUGACUCGACGGUGGUAAACGGCUUUGUAUGCACCAAGAACGUCGCCCACAAGAAGAUGAACUCCUACAUCAAGAACCCCAAAAUCCUGCUCCUGAAGUGCUCCAUAGAGUACCUGUACAGGGAGGAGUCCAAGUUUUCCUGCAUCGACCCCAUUGUGCUGCAGGAACGAGAGUUUUUGAAGAACUAUGUGCAGCGGAUAGUAGACGUCCGUCCAACGCUGGUGUUAGUGGAGAGGACCGUGUCUCGUAUUGCUCAGGACAUGCUGCUGGAGCACGGCAUCACCCUGGUCAUCAACGUCAAACCGCAAGUCCUGGACAGGGUGAGUCGUAUGACCCAGGGAGACCUGGUGAUGUCCAUGGACCAGCUCCUCACCAAACCUCGUCUGGGAACCUGCCUCAAGUUCUACAUGCAGCCCUUCACCCUGGCCAACGAUGAAGUGAAGACUCUGAUGUUCUUUGAGGGCUGUCCUCUUCAUCUCGGAUGCUCCAUCAAGCUGCGAGGAGCCUCCGAGUACGAGCUGGCCCGGGUGAAGGAGAUCAUAAUGCUGAUGGUGUGCGUGGCCUACCACUCCCAGCUGGAGAUCUCUUUCCUCAUGGACGAGUUCGCCAUGCCGCCCAGCUUGGCCCAGAGCACCUCAUUCCCCUGCCUGCUGGAGGGCAUGUCUGUGGAGGAGGAGGAGGCGGCGGAUGGAGAGACAAAUGGAGAGAGCCUGGAGGAAACGGUAGUGCCCGAAGACUCGGCACCGGGAGGACGAACUGAGGAGGAAGGGCUUCCCACUGAGUCGUCAUCCAAAAAUGGAGAUAUAGACAUUCUCCAAGACAAACUGUAUCCCAACUCGUCCUCCCCUUUCCAAGACAGGGAGGCUGUUAACAUAGAGGCACUGACCUCCACGCCAUUUCCCAGUUCCAUUGCACCGCCUCUGUGUGUCCCGCCUCCGUUCCUCAUGGAGGAAGACCAGGAGAUGGACUCGGAUACUCUCAUCAUGGCGUCUGAGGAAGAGACGGGGGAAGAGGGAGGCCUAGUGAAGGGGGAUUCACACGAUACGGAUGACGGGGAAUGUGCCGCCACUACUCGGUCGUUCCGAGACCCCCUGCAGGAUGACACGGGGAUGUUUGUGACCGAGCAGGUGGAUUCAACCGACGACCGCUUGAAGUCCAUCUCUGCCAUCUUCAAGCAGGAGCUCAAGGACAUCAUCCUGUGCAUUUCCCCCUUCUUCACAUUUAAAGAACCAUUUCUCCUCAUGCCUGCUGGCAUGCACUGUCCCAGCAGGGAUUACUUCCCAGAGAAGGUCUACCUAUCUCCCCUCCUCAACAAGGACUACAAGGAACUGGACGGACGCAGAAAGCGGCUGCUCCUUAAAGACUCCGCCCCCUCCGCUCUGGUUAGUGGACAGACCAACGGCGGCCCUCAGCCGAAGCCCAUCGACGUCCUGCCCUCCCACAGUCUUACCAGCACGCGCAUCAUAGAGCAGCUGAGCGGCAGCCAGGGACUGUCCAAGAUGCUGGCCGACUACAGAGCGAAGGGAGGCCGUAUCCGACAGAGGGAGGCCGCUGACCCCUUCAGCGCCGCGACUCCCGUCAGCCUGCAGAGCAAGGCGCUGGACGCUCCGGUGAAGCCACCGGCGAGGGCUGACAGCGAAGAGGAGAAGCCAAGCAAGCUGACUGAGAUGAGCUGGGUCCCCAAGAGCUCUGACUGGACUUGUGUUGAUCAUCACGAAGCUCUGGUUGCUCUGAGUAACUGGAGCUACUUCCACCUGAGAGAAAAGAGUGCACAGCUGGACUGUCUGAACCCCGUCAACCACCAGAGGCUGUGUGUGCUCUUCAGCAGCUCCUCAGCUGAGUCCAGCAACGCGCCCAACCCCUGCGUCAGCCCAUGGAUUGUCACAAUGGACUUCUACGGCAAGAAUGACCUCUCCCUCGGUGUGUUCUUGGAGCGAUACUGUUUCCGGCCGUCUUACCAUUGCCCCAGCAUGUUCUGUGAGACUCCCAUGGUGCACCACAUCCGGCGCUUUGUGCACGGCAGUGGCUGUGUGCAGAUUGUGUUGAAGGAGCUGGACUCCCCUGUGCCCGGUUAUCAGCACACGAUCCUCAACUACUCCUGGUGCCGCAUCUGCAAACAGGUGACACCAGUGGUGCCGCUGUCCAACGACUCGUGGUCCAUGUCUUUCGCCAAAUACCUGGAGCUUCGCUUCUACGGCCACCAGUACACCCGGAGGGCUAACGCGGAGCCCUGCGGACACUCCAUCCACAAAGACUACCACCAGUACUUCUCCUACAACCAGAUGGUGGCUUCCUUCAGCUACACUUCUGUUCGUCUGUUGGAGAUUUGUCUUCCUCGUCCCAAGAUCUUCAUCAGGAACCUGGGACCAUCGAAGACCAACCUGCAGCAGGACCUGAAGGACUUCUCUCUAAAAGUGGCUCAGGUGUACCUGGCCAUAGACGACCGCCUCACCUCCCUCAAGACCGACACCUUCAGUAAGACGCGAGAGGAGAAGAUGGAGGACCUCUUUGCUCAGAAAGACAUGGAAGAGGCAGAGCUGCGGAGCUGGAUUGAAAAGCUACAGGGGCGACUUCAGGCCUGCUGUCUGGAUUCUCCUCAGCAGGUGCAGGCGGUUCUGGAGUCGCUGGUGAUGAAGAAACAGAGUCUGUGUGAGAUGCUGCAGUCCUGGAACAGCAGGCUGCAGGAGUUGUUCCAGCAGGAGAAAGGCAGGAAGCGUCUGUCCGUCCCUCCCAGCCCGGGCAGACACCGACAGACCGCCGCUGACGACAGCAAGAGUACUCUGGACUCCUCCCCCCGCAACCCCUCACCUGUGGUACAGAAUGGUGACAAAGAGGACCGUCAUCUCUGCAUACUGCCCUCCACCUCCUCCUCCUUGCUGCCGUCACCAGGAGAACCUGGAGCUGAACCUUACACUCCUGUUCCCUCCUUCACUGAGCAGGACUCAGUCAGCAUCCCAGAAGAUGUGUUUGACGGACACUUGCUGGGCUCCACUGACAGCCAGGUGAAGGAGAAAUCCACCAUGAAAGCCAUCCUCGCCACCUUCCUGCCCGGCAACAGCUACAACCCCAUCCCUUUCCCGUUUGACCCGGACAAACACUACCUGAUGUACGAACACGAGCGGGUUCCCAUCGCCGUGUGUGAGCGAGAGCCCAGCUCCAUCAUCGCCUUCGCUCUCAGCUGUAAGGAGUACAAAACGUCUCUGGAUGAUCUGUCCAAGACGUCCAACGCAGGCGGAGACGAGACUCCGCAGGUCAUCAGUGCUGGGGAGAGUCGGGCUAAGAGCAGCCCCGCCCGGCCCAGUGAGUCGGCCUCGUCCCAGCAGAGCCGCUCCAGCAUGGAGACGGACCCCCUCAAGGAUGCAGACCUGGCAGAUAAGCAGAAGAAGCAGACCCUGAAUCCACACGUUGAGCUGCAAUUCUCUGAUGCCAACGCCAAGUUCUACUGUCGGAUCUACUACGCCGAGGAGUUCCACAAGAUGCGCGAGGAGAUCAUGGAGAGCACCGAGGAGGAGUUCAUCCGCUCGCUGUCCCACUGUGUCAACUGGCAGGCUCGGGGGGGGAAGUCCGGAGCUGUGUUCUACGCAACAGAAGAUGACCGGUUCAUUCUGAAGCAGAUGCCCAGACUGGAGGUCCAGUCCUUCCUGGACUUUGCACCGCACUACUUCACCUACAUCACGGGAGCGGUGCAGCAGAAACGACCCACGGCGCUGGCGAAGAUUCUGGGUGUUUACAGGAUCGGUUACAAGAACUCUCAGAACAACACGGAGAAGAAGCUGGACCUGCUGGUGAUGGAGAACCUCUUCUACGGACGCAAGAUGGCUCAGGUGUUUGACCUCAAAGGUUCCCUGAGGAACCGCAACGUGAAGACGGACUCGGGGAAGGAAAGCUGCGAGGUGGUUCUGCUGGACGAGAACCUUCUGAAGUUGAUCCACGACAACCCGCUGUACAUCCGCUCCCACUGCAAGGCCAUCCUGCGGGCCGCCAUACACAGCGACGCCUACUUCCUGUCCAGCCACCUCAUCAUCGACUACUCGCUGCUGGUGGGGCGCGACGACGCCACCGAUCAGCUGGUGGUCGGGAUCAUAGAUUAUAUCCGGACAUUUACAUGGGACAAGAGGCUGGAGAUGGUCGUCAAGUCCACCGGAAUCCUGGGAGGUCAAGGUAAGAUGCCCACCGUGGUCUCUCCGGAGCUGUACCGAUCUCGCUUCUGCGAGGCCAUGGACAAAUACUUCCUCAUGGUACCGGACCACUGGACCGGCCUGGGCGUCAACUGCUGAGCAGUGCGUACAUGUACAGUAAUACCAAGACACACACACAGGUACUCACGCUCCUCAGUAUGUGAGUUCAACACAAGCACACUGGACGUUGUAAAUGUUUGUGCGGACUAAAGCCUGUGUAUAAACCAGUAUACAGCAUCAUUCCACAGAGUCGGUGCCGCUCUGCAGCAUCAUUGAGACAAUUCAGAUAAUUUUUUUAUCUUUUCAGUAUUAUCAGAUUAUUAUUUAUCCCGACGUGUUUCAUGGAGGGUUUGUUGUUUUAUUGGCACCACGAGUCUGAAAACUGUUUCAAGAGGACCCACUGAAAGCAUUGUUUAGAUUAGUUUAUAAACUAAACCGUGUAAUUUAAUGUUUGUAAAUGUACAGAGAUUAUGUAACUAUUAAAAGAUUAUUAACUGUU